UGCGGAAGUUGGCAUUUAGCGCCAAAGUUGAGCCCGCUGACAGAGGAGGAAUCAUGGAGGCUUCUCGGAAAAUAAAGAAUAAGGUUUCCGCCGGCUUCAAGAUGAGGGGACUCAUCCUCCGACCUGAAGCCAGCAGGCACCUGGUGGAGGUUCUGGAGUCGGUGGAUCCCUCACAACUGGAUGACGUCAUCGAAAGGCUCUUAGAUGCAGUGGAGAAGCAGCCGUUGUCUUCCAGUAUGAUCGAGCUGUCUGUGGUGGAGACCGCCGUGCAGGACUGCUCUCAGGGCUGCGAUGAAAACAUAGACAACGUAUUCAACAUCAUCGGAGCAUUUGAUGUGCCCAGAUACAUUUACAGUGUGGAGAGGAAGAAAUUCGUACCCAUCAACAUGACGAGCCAUCCGCCGCCCAGUCUGUGUGCUUUGGCCAGAGAUAAAGCUGAACUUUUCAGAGAGCGCUACACAAUCUUACAGCAGCGUACGCAUCGCCAUGAGCUGUUCACCCCGCCGGCCAUCGGAGCUGCUGUCGACGAGGGUCAAAACAAGUUUCAGCUGAAGACCAUCGAAGCGCUGCUGGGCAGCACGGCGAAGCUGGGCGAGGUCAUUGUUCUGGGGAUGAUCACUCAGCUGAAGGAGGGUAAAUUUUACCUGGAGGACCCGAGUGGAACAGUGCAGCUGGACAUGUCCAAAGCACAGUUUCAUAAUGGUCUGUACACGGAGUCCUGCUUUGUACUGGCAGAGGGUUGGUACGAGGACUCGGUGUUCCACGUCAACGGCUUUGGGUUCCCGCCAACAGAGCCUUCCUCGGCUACAAGGGCGUACUACGGCAACAUAAACUUCUUCGGCGGCCCGUCCACCACCUCGGUGAAGGCCUCCUCCAAGCUGAAGCAGCUGGAGGAGGAGAACGAAGACGCCAUGUUCGUGGUCGUCUCCGACGUCUGGCUGGACAGCGUGGAAGUGAUGGAGAAGCUCAACGUCAUGUUCUCAGGCUACGCCGCUCUGCCUCCCACCUGCUUCAUCUUCUGCGGGAACUUUUCUUCGGCUCCGUACGGGAAAACUCAGAAUAAGUCCCUCAGAGAAUCUCUGAAGACGCUGGCUGAUGUCAUAUGUGCGUACCCCAGCAUUCACAGCAGCAGUCGCUUCGUGUUUGUUCCCGGUCCAGAGGACCCUGGUCCAGGCGCCAUCUUGCCCAGGCCUCCGCUGGCAGAGCACAUCACAGAGGACUUCCGGCAGAGGGUGCCCUGCUCCGUGUUUACGACCAACCCGUGCAGGAUUCAGUACUGCAGCCAGGAGAUCGUCAUCAUGAGGGAAGAUCUGGUCAACAAGAUGUGCAGGAACUGUGUGCGGCUGCCCAACAGCAACCUGGACAUCCCAAACCACUUCGUAAAGACGGUGCUGUCCCAGGGCCACCUGACUCCUCUGCCUCUGUACGUCAGUCCGGUGUUCUGGGCCUACGACUACGCCCUGCGGGUCUACCCCGUGCCUGACCUCAUUGUCUUUGCAGACAAGUACGACCCGUUCACCAUCACCAGCUCCGACUGCCUGUGUGUCAACCCGGGCUCAUUUCCUCGAAGUGGCUUCACGUUCAAGGUGUACUACCCGUCCAACAGAACGGUUGAGGACAGCAAACUUCAAGGGCUUUGAAGGAAAUGCUGGACUGGCCUGUUCUGUUUCAAAUGCUCGCUUUUAUGUGUUUAUUGUGUCCUAAAUAAAGGUUUUAUUCUUUGUAAAUAAUA